UACAUCAGAACGUCUUGGCCGUGGUCGAGAACGAACACUGAGCAAACACUAAAAGUAAUGCUGGCAAUGGAUAGGACGGGUGUUUACAUAGUGUUAGUGUUAGUGGCCAGCAUCAGUGGUGCGUUUGGCAUGACUCGUCUUACAUACUCUGCCUGCUAUGGGGUCACUUCAGCAAAUUUCAUCAUGGCUUCCUGUCCCGGCGCAGACCAGAUGAUCGUGAUAGAUGCCGUGAAUGUCUACACAAAACCUUUGUUAUCAGGUUGUCCCGGAAUCAUGACAAAUGCAGCGACCACCCCAAAGUCAUGCUGUCAGUACGAUGCUGGCGACUGUGGAUUCGAAUACGAGGGUGUCAACAGGAACACUUAUUAUGAAAAUUGUCAAGGCCGAAACACUUGUUCGUGGACGCCCGUUGCGUGGACUAACCUGCGAUGUAACCCAUUGUUAUAUCCCUCGCGGUCAAGUUAUAUGGUGGUCAGCUAUCGCUGUAUUUCAGGAAAUGAGGUAAAGGACGUAAGGGAGGACGGAAGUGUCAACACCACUACUAGCCUACUGCUGAAUUCUGGGUAUAAGUCUGGCAACAACACUGGUACAUUGCCAGCAAACUCGUCAUACAAAUGUUCUGUAUCAGCGUCGUGUGCCACGAGUAUCAAAAUGCGGAUACAUACUUUAAAUUUCACGGAAAAGGGGGGAAAAUGUGGACAAUCGAUAAACAUAACAGCCGGGACCAACACACACGUUUUAAUGUGCAAUGACAACACCAACUACCUUCCCUACGACCUGAGUAUCGGAAGCAAUACUAAUUUACUCGAAAUGCAAGUAAAUAACACUUUGGAUAUGGACUCCGGAAAUUUUCUUCUCGAAAUUGAAAGCGACAAUGGCAAUGCUACUGUGACUUUAGCAUGUGGAAUAUUUGCCAGGGAAGGGAAUGUAGGUGAUGAGGGUAUGUCUGAAUGUUCUACUACAGCAACAACCACUGCCAGUACGACAACAGUAUCAACUUCCAGUAAUACUGAUACGACAACAGUGCCCACUGACGGUAAUACCGAUACGACAACAGUGCCCACUGACGGUAAUACCGAUACGACAACAGCAUCCACUGCCAGAAAUACCGAUACGACAACAGUGUCCACUGCCUAUAAUACCGAUACGACACCGGUGUCCACUGACAGUAACACCGAUACGACAACAGUAUCUUCUGCCAGUAAUACCGAUACGACAACAGUGUCCACUGACAGUAAAAUCGAUACGACAACAGUGUCCACUGACAGUAACAUCAAUACGACAACAGUAUCCACUGCCAGUAAUACCGAUACGACAACAGUGUCCACAGGUAGUAAUACCGAUACGACAACAGUGUCCACUGACAGUAACAUCGAUGCGACAACAGUAUCCACAGCCAGUCACAUCGAUACGACAGCAGUAUCCACUGCCAGUAACACCGAUACGACAACAGUAUCCACUGACAGUAACACCGAUACGACAACAGUGUCCACAGCCAGUAACGCCGAUACGACAACAGUGUCCACUGACAGUAAUACCGAUACGACAACAGCGUCCACAGGCAGUAACAUCGAUGCGACAACAGUAUCCACUGACAGUAACAUAGAUACGACAACAGUAUCCACUGCCUAUAAUACUGAUACGACACCGGUGUCCACUGCCAGUAAUACCGAUACGACAACAGUAUCUUCUGCCAGUAAUAUCCAUACGACAACAGUGUCCACAGCCAGUAACACCGAUACGACAACAGUGUCCACUGACAGUAACAUCGAUACGACAACAGUAUCCACUGACAGUAACAUCGAUACGACAACAGUAUCCACUGCCUAUAAUACUGAUACGACACCGGUGUCCACUGCCAGUAAUACCGAUACGACAACAGUAUCUUCUGCCAGUAAUAUCGAUACGACAACAGUGUCCACAGCCAGUAACACCGAUACGACAACAGUGUCCACUGACAGUAAAAUCAAAACGACAACAGUGUCCACAGACAGUAACAUCGAUACGACAACAGUAUCCACUGACAGUAAUACCGAUACGAAAACAGUGUCUACAGCCAGUAACACCGAUACGACAACAGUGUCCACUGACAGUAAUACCGAUACGACAACAGUGUCCACAGGUAGUAACAUCGAUGCGACAACAGUAUCCACUUACAGUAACAUCGAUACGACAACAGUAUCCACAGCCAGUAACAUCGAUACGACAACAGUAUCCACUGACAGUGAAACCGAUACGACAACAGUGUCCACUGCCUAUAAUACCGAUACGACACCGGUGUCCACUGCCAGUUAUACCGAUACGACAACAGUAUCUUAUGCCAGUAACACCGAUACGACAACAGUGUCCACUGACAGUAAUACCGAUACGACAACAGUGUCCACAGGUAGUAACAUCGAUGCGACAACAGUAUCCACUUACAGUAACAUCGAUACGACAACAGUAUCCACAGCCAGUAACAUCGAUACGACAACAGUAUCCACUGACAGUGAAACCGAUACGACAACAGUGUCCACUGCCUAUAAUACCGAUACGACACCGGUGUCCACUGCCAGUUAUACCGAUACGACAACAGUAUCUUAUGCCAGUAACACCGAUACGACAACAGUGUCCACUGACAGUAAUACCGAUACGACAACAGUGUCCACAGGUAGUAACAUCGAUGCGACAACAGUAUCCACUUACAGUAACAUCGAUACGACAACAGUAUCCACAGCCAGUAACAUCGAUACGACAACAGUAUCCACUGACAGUGAAACCGAUACGACAACAGUGUCCACUGCCUAUAAUACCGAUACGACACCGGUGUCCACUGCCAGUUAUACCGAUACGACAACAGUAUCUUAUGCCAGUAAUACCGAUACGACAACAGUGUCCACAGCCAGUAAUACCGAUACGACAACAGUAUAUUAUGCCAGUAAUACCGAUACCACAACAGUGUCCACUGACAGUAAAAUCGAUACGACAACAGUGUCCACUGACAGUAACAUCGAUACGACAACAGUAUCCACUGACAGUAAUACCGAUACGACAACAGUGUCCACAGCCAGUAACACCGAUACGACAAAAGUGUCCACUGACAGUAAUACCGAUACGUCAACUGUGUCCACAGGUAGUAACAUCGAUACGACAACAGUAUCCACUGACAGUAACAUCGAUACGAAAUACCGAUACGACAACAGUGUCCACUGCCUAUAA